ACUGCACGGCCUAUUGUGAUAAGGGAAAACAAUACCGGUCCUCGGUAUGCGGCGACGCACCCUGCAGAGAAGAUCAGAACCAGUUUGUGAGGGAGGAGCGAGACUGCAACACCUGGAACAGGACCGAGUGUCCUAGUCCGUGCCUGACCAAGAAUUGUCCAGAAUAUGCCAUCUGCGAGGACAAGUCAGACAACGUGGAGCCCAAGGCCGUCUGCAAGUGCACAAUGGGCUACGAGAUGAAUAAGGCAAAGUCCUUCUGUCUCCGUCCGCCGCCGACCACGCCAACCCCUCGGCCCAUCCCCACCCUGGCGCCCGAGGAGAAGACGGUGGCCGUGGUGGUCAGCAAGACGGCCUCCACCGUGCUCAUCAUCUUCGUCGGGCUGACGCUGACGCUGUUCCUGCUGCUGAGAAUUUUGACCCCGGACCGCGUGAUCCAGAUGAACAUGGAGAUCGCCAUCAUCUCGGCCCACAUCUUCCUCAUGUUCCCGCCGGGGAUCGUGGACUUGCCGACGCUCUGUCGCUUCGUGUCAAUCCUCGUCCACUUCUUCUUUACGGCCUGCUUCAUGUUCAUGAUGCUGGAGUCGCUGCACAUGUACUCCCUCGUCGCCUACGUGGUGAAAAAGGACGGGCUCUUCACGCGUCUGCAGAACACCUUGAUCGGCUGGGGCCUGUCCAUCUUCAUCGUGCUGGUCACCAUGUGCUUUGAGUACGAGAACUACGGCGGCGUCUACCACUGCUGGCUGCAACUGGACAAGCCGCUCUGCACCGGCCAGUACAUCCCCAUCAUCGCCAUCAUGAUCAUCACGUUCACGCUGAUCGAGGCGGCCGGCGCGGCGGAGUAUGCGCCGCUCAAAGACGUGGACAAAUCGCAGCGGCUGUCGGCGCGUAUAUCUCAGCGCUCCAACUUGGCCAUAAUGCCGCUGGUGUUCGCCUCCUGGGUGGUCGGCAUGCUCAGCGAGUACGAACAGGAUCUGGCACUGUAUGGCACGUUCGGCGUACUCAACGCCGUUGUCGGUGUCGUCAUCUUCUUCUUUCACUCCACCGGCAACCAGCAGGUGCGGGCCAAGCUGGUGAAAAUGGCCCAGAUGAUGAAGAGGCGCCGCCGCCGCUGAGCCCGCAGCCAGCCGGGCGCCCCAGAUCGAGCGCGAGCUGAGGCCGUGCGCUGAGCGCGAGCCCAGCCUGCCCCGA